AUGGAUCUCCAUUUCCACGGCCCAACCUCCAUCCUCUGUUCUCAAGUCGCCCCUACUUCAUGCUCGCAAUGCGACCCGGACUCGAGGGAUCUGUCCCCGAGCGAAACUCCCUUGUCCUCCCAUCCUGGAACCUCGGCUUCCUCCGCGCCACGCGACUCCGGCCAGGACGUGAAACCAGCGCGGCCAUCCAUAGCAGCAUCCUCGAUGGGCUAUACAAGUACUGAGGACCUGGAACCGUUGGCUUCACCAUCCGCUUCGGCCCCUGUCCUGGCUGCCAGAAUCGAGAAUCACCCCUGGUUUCUGAAUGGCCAAUACACCAAAGUCGACACUGAGAAGUUCAACUGCUUUGGUGGUGCGGAGGGUGACACGUGUGCGAGCUGCAGAUUGUCGAUUCCUGAAGAUAUCAGCAAGCAGCUUCCGCCAGGUGCUCCGGGCACACUCAAGGAGAACGGCCAGGGCAGAAAUGGAAGUCCAGUGUUGAGGUCCAGAGAGAUGGUUUACUCUUGUCAUGGAACCCAGUUUGCUUUUGACGACGUUUCGCACGAGUCGCAUGCUCAUCAUUCAAAUGGUACCUCUGUCCGGUCUUCCUACUCCUCCGAAUCCUCCUGCCAUACUCACGUCCUGACCUAUUUGUCGAUGCGUGGGCCGCCAAAUCCUACCAAUUACGCUUUGCUACGACGCGCUUCAAUCCGUACGCUGAGCUGUGAAUUUCUACCUCGUGGUCUGUCGUCCGGUCCACUUUCUUUCGGUGAUCCAGCUACAGGAUACACUAUUGCGUACGUUUUUCGCCUUCCGGAUCCAAUGGCCCGGGGCAAACGACGCAGCUACGCACUCGUCGCCCUGGCCGGAAAGGAUGCAGGAAGAGCCUUUCGAGCAAGCCCAGUUAUCUGGCGCGUAUUCAGUCGCAUUGCGAAUAAUCUCGUUAGCUCUGCCGAGAAAUCACAAGAGCAAGAGAAGCGUUGUGAUACCACAACACCCAACGGAGCAAAUGCUGCCGCUACACGAAAUUACACUCCGAUUUCUUCCUUCCUCACAGGCCGCACUUUCGAUCCCGAUGGUCAGCCUCGGCGUGCUGGCCAGAUCCGUGCACGAAAUCUGUCCGAAAUCGUUGGAAAUGAGUACAUUUUCGCUGAGCUCCACGCACAGUUCGUGGCUUUGCUCAAGCAGCUGGGCGGUAUGUUUGGCGGAAGCCGUAUUCCCGAGAAUCGGCUAAAUCCGGAAUCGGCAAUCGAAGAAACCGAGGAGUAUUAUCCUCGACACGCUGCUGCCCCAAGCAUCAAGGUGCCAUUACGCCCGAAAGAUGCAAGAGGCACAAGUCAAUCAGGGGCUCGAUGCGAUUCACCUAGCUCUCCGAUCCAAAUGUCUCCCCGUCCCAUUCCUAUUUCCCACCGACGGCAUUACGCAGCCUAA